AUGGACACCAAGAGCCUCCCGGACAUCGAGAGCCACAGGGACCUCCACAUAUGGAUCAUUGAGAACUUGGAGAUGGUGCCCGUCCCCGAGAGCGCUUACGGGAACUUCUUUGAGGAGCACUGUUACAUCGUCCUCCACGUCCCCCAGGGCCUGAAGGCUGCGCAGGGGGCAGCCAAGGACCUGCACUACUGGAUCGGAAAGAAGGCGGACACAGAGGCGCAGGCCGUGGCGAGCACCUUCCUGCGGCGCCUGCAGGAGACCCUGGGUAGCGCCACCGUGUUGCACCGGGAGGUGCAGGAGCACGAAUCCGACUGUUUCUGCAGCUACAUCCGCCCAGGGAUCAUCUACAGGAAGGGAGGGCUGGCCUCUGCCCUCAAGCAUGUGGAGACCAAUAUGUACAACAUCCAGCGACUGCUACGCAUCAGAGGGAGGAAGCAUGUGUCAGCCACCGAGGUGUGGUGCAUCCAGGACUCAAGCAGGCAACCCGUGGAGCCCAAGCAUCAUGGACAGUUUUAUGCAGGCAACUGCUACCUUGUCUUCUACACAUACCAGAGGAUGGGUCACACCAAGUACACCCUGUACCUGUGGCAGGGCCAGCAGGCCACCGCACAAGAGAUCAAGGCCCUGAACGGCAACGCCGAGGAGCUGGACCUCCUGUACCACGGAGCCCUGGUACACGAGCACGUGACCAUGGGCAGUGAGCCCAAGCACUUCUUCGCCAUCUUCCAGGGCCAGAUGGUGGUCUUCCAGGGGAGCGCGGGGCACAGUGGGAGGGGGCAGCCAGCGUCUGCCACGAGGCUCUUCCACGUGCAAGGCACCGACAGCUACAACCCCAGGAUCAUGGAGGUGCCAGCCCGGGCCUCCACCCUCAACUCCAGUGACAUCUUCUUGCUGAUUACAGGCAGCAUCUGCUACAUCUGGUUUGGGAAGGGCUGCAGUGGUGACCAGCGUGUGAUGGCGCGGAAGGUGGUCACUGUCGUCUCUGGGAACAUGGAUCAGGAAACAGUGCUGGAGGGUCAGGAGCCUCCUCACUUCUGGGAGGCCCUGGGAGGCAGGGCUCCCUACCCCAGCAAGAGCCUCCCUGAGGACAUCUCCAGCUUCCAGCCACGGCUAUUUGAGUGCUCCAGCCACAACGGCCACCUGGUCCUCAUGGAGGUCGUGUUCUUCAGCCAGGACGACCUAGACAAGUAUGAUGUCAUGUUACUGGACACCUGGCAGGAGAUCUUCCUGUGGCUGGGAGAAGCUGUGAGCAAGCAGAAGGAGGAGGUGGUGGCCUGGGGCCGGGAGUACCUGCAGACCCACCCAGCGGGGAGGAGCCAGACCAUACCCAUCGUGCUCAUCAAGCAGGGCCAUGAGCCUCCCACUUUCACCGGAUGGUUCCUUGCCUGGGACCCCUACAAGUGGACUGAGAGUGAGAACAACCAGUCCUACAGGGAGUUGGUGGAGGGCAGCCUGGACACAAUAACGGCCAUCACUGAGAUAACAGCUGAAGUCAACAACUUCCGGCUGUCCCGAUGGCCAAGCAAUAGCAGUCCAGGCUCCUUGGCCCUACAGGCCCUCAAGGGCUCCCAGGACAGAUCAGAAAAUGAGCUGGAGCUGGGCCCCAAGGUGGAUGGCACCAGCACUGGCACCAGCAUCAGCAGCAUCAGCACCAGCAUCAGCAGCAGCAGCAGCAGCAGCAGCAGCAGCAGCACCAGCACCGGCACCGGCACCGGCACCAGCAACUACCACAACAGCCCCAGAUCCAUGAUCGAUGGGGGCCUGCCCCGUGAACAGCUGAUGUACAAGACUGCCAAGAACCUGCCAGUGGGCGUGGACCCCGCCCAAAAGGAGUUCUAUCUCUCAGACUCUGACUUCCAGGACAUCUUUGGGAAGUCCAAGGAGGAAUUCUACGGCAUGGCCAAGUGGAAGCAGCAGCAGCAGAAGAAGCAGCUCGGUUUCUUCUGA